AUGACUUACUCCUCCACUGCCACUGCCAUUCUGGCUGCCCUGAGCGUAUCUGGCGUAUUUGCAAAGCCCACUGCUCACCGUCACUUCCAUCGUCAUGCCGACAAGGACUCAUACGGUCUCGAUGCCGACGGCUGGAAGCACCUACUUGACUGGACUAAGAUCGACUACUCUGGCAAAGGCGGUGCUCCCCACACUGACGAUUCUUACGCUCCUGCGCCUUCCUCGUCGAGUCCACCCGCCGGCGAAGACAAGGGCUACAACAAUGACGACCACGCCGUCUCUACCAACAGCUUCGAUCUCGGUGACGUCAUCGACGGCCUUGUUGGUCUGUCCAACAAGCUCACCUCUUUCGGCAAGCCUACCUCUUCGUCUGGCGCCAUGGGAGACUUUUACAUGGGCAACGUCGGCAACCCGUACGGCUCCAACGUGAUCAAGGUCGACUCUGAGGACGGCUACGACUACACUGUCAACUACAAGAACACCUCUCCUUCCCCCAUGACCAUCUGUAUCUGGAACAAGGCUGGAUCUGAUGGCCAGCCCCUCUCUGGUGGCGCGAGCGUUUCCAAAGAGUGCACACUUACCUUCACCCUCGCUUCCCAGGCCAACCAGGUUGUGGCUUUCCAAUCCGACUCCCAGGUUGGUUUCGCGCAAGCCACCAAAGACAAGACGUUCUCCGGUCACUUUGCCACUUCAUUCGGCGAGUGCAACAUGACACCCAACGGCCCAGCUUGCAACCUGUCUGCCAUCCUCAACCCCAAGGGUAACACCUACAAGAUGAAGAUUACCAACAAGGAGAACGACUGUGUUUCUUCCAACGAGGAGAACUGCUGGGUCACCGAGAAGCAGACGCUUCCUGGUCUUGAUGGCAAGGACCGCAACGGCUCCUGCUACAUCCCAGGGGCCGCUGGCCACUUCACAGUCGAGAUGGGUGGCCAACAAUAG